AUGGGCAGAUUGAAAGCCUCUAGCCCCAUGAGUUUCCCGGAGUGGACAUGUGGAGCUUAUUUGUUGGAGGCGACUCCAAACCGCCUUCCUUGCACCUCGCAGAGGCUUUUGGCCGGACCGACAUGCUGGAUACAAGGAUGUCGUGAGUCAGUCCUGGCUCAGCAGAAACAGGGACUCCAUCCCCUGAAUCCACCCGCUUCUCCGGGCAAGCACAAAGUCGCUUUUGGUCCGCGAUUAGCCCCCUAUCCGCCACCCGGGGACUCGCCACGUAGCCUCGCGACUAACCGGCUGUGA